CUGUUUACCCUCUUGCGCGGAAAUUCUACCAUAGUCCCCUCCCUACUAGAAGUCGUUCCGAUUCCUGCUGACUCCACCACUAUCGCCUACCACUACAACCACAGCCACGACGAAUACCAUCAACGAAACCAACAACUCGCACACCAUGCUAACGAACACAAUCGAAGAACUCGACCCAAGGUCAGAGUCAGACCCCGCCACCGUCUUCGAGGACUCCCUCUCCACCAUAUUCUCCGACCCCCGUGUCCAGCACGGCGAGCCGGGCAAGUACGUACUCUACAAGAGCGAGGAACUCGGUGACUUCAAACUCCGCCUUGCGGACCCGGACCCGUCUAAUCACAGUUUAUUUUCGCACUUUGUUUGGAAUGCAGCCUUGCAGGCAGCCGAGCUGAUUACCACCGCCGAGUUUAAUGUUGCUGGGAAGAAGGUCUUGGAGGUUGGCGCGGGUGCGGGCUUACCAGGGAUUAUUGCUGUGUAUUGUGAUGCGGAGGAGACUGUGUUAUCUGACUAUCCGGUCCCGGAAUUCCUCUCCAACAUCCAGACUAACCUCGAAAUCAACCUCUCCAGAUCUCAACUGGCGAGAGCUUCGGUCAUCGGGCAUGAAUGGGGCCAGACCGAUGACAGACUAUGCACCACUCGGGCAGGAGCGUUCGACAAGAUCAUCGCGGCGGAUUGCCUCUGGAUGGAGUCACGGCACGACAACCUGGCGAAGUCCGUCAAGACGCUUUUGGCCAGAGACGGGGAAUUACUUGCCAUUGCCGGCUUCCAUACUGGGCGGGAUAAAGUCGCAGGAUUUUUUGAUGCCGCGGAAAGGGCGGGCUUGGUGAGGGUUAAAAUCACGGAGAAGGAUGUUGAGGGGGCAGAGAGGGAAUGGGUGAGGGAUCGGGGGCAGGAAGAUCCCGUGGAGAGGAAGAGGUGGUUGGCCAUUGGUGUUUUCAGACAAAAUGGUCUAUGAGCGAAAAUUGGCUUAUAGUAUGAUAUCAUACGA